AUGCAAUAGAUUGGAAAUAGUUUAUCGGAUUCAAAUGAUGAUUAUGAUAUUGUUUAAACAGAAGAAGAGUAAACAGACGAAUAUUUAAAAGAGCAGCAAAUAAAGCAGCAGUAAUAGUAAUUACUGAAUCAGUAACAAAAGUCAUAGAAGAUUAAAAUUUAAUAGCAAUCAGAAUAAGAUGAUAAAAAAAAUGAUGAAAAGCAUUUAAAAGCUUUGAAAUUAUAAGUUAACUAGUUAAUGAUAGAAAGAGAAGUUGAUGUAGCUGAUGGAGAUAUUCAAAGAGAUUUCUAUAUAUUAGAAAGUCAUACUUAUUUAGUAACAAGCAAGAGCAAAGACGAAAAAACAAUAGUUAGUCGUAGAUUUAGUGAUUUUGAAUGGCUUCACGAGGAAUUGCUUUACAAUUUUCCUGGGUAUUUUUUACCUGCGCUUCCAUAAAAAGGAAUUUUUUCAAAAAUAGAUCCAAAAAUUGAGUUUUUAAAUCAAAUAAAGAGCGAAUUAAUGUAAGAAAGAAGAUAAUUGCUCACUCUAUAUUUAAAAUAGCUGCUAAAUCACAAAGAGCUGAGAUUUUCAAAGUAACUAUACAUAUUUUUAAUGAACAACGAGGAGACUUUUGAAUAGGAAAAGAAUCUUUCUAUGGGAAUAAGAUAGCAAAAGGAAAAGAAAAAAGAAGGCUUUAUUUCUAAUAUCGUAAACUUAGGAUUUAGCUUAUUUAAUAAAGCAAUAGGAUCCCAAAAAAUAGAAGCCAAAAUUCCUGAUGAAUUUUAUCAAGAGUUUCAAAAUUACCUCACCUAUUACUAAAACAAUUACAACAAGCUAAAAGAAAUUUCAGACAGCAUAAAUUAAAUUAUAGAAAACAAAAAAAGAUAAGCAGAAAACAUGGCAUCUCUAUCCUCAAUAUUUUCAGAGCUAAAAAAGUUAGAUGAAAUUCCUGAGAAUUUAGAUAAAAAAGUACAUUUAUAGGGAAUUAGAGAAUCUCAGCAUGCCAGAGAGUUUUCCUAAAAAUUCUACUUUCCUCUUCAAUAAUUAGUCGGACAGCUGCAAUUAUGUGUUUAAAUUAUUCAGUCAAGAGAUGAAAUUUUAAAAAAAAUAUAUGAACUUAAAAAAGAAUUAGGCUAACACUAAAAUUCUCUCAACUAAAGUGAAAUAGAGGAGUGCAAAGAAUAAAUUAAAUUAGAAGAAAAGAGACUUAAGUUCUUUUAUGCUAAUUUCAACCAUAAUCAGAAUUAUUUUUAUAAGAAUUUCAAUGAGAAAUUAGAAUAACUAACUAUUAUCUUAAAGAGUGAUCUAUAAGAAUAAAAUAAAGAGAUCCUAACUUUGUGGAGCCUCAGUACCUCAAAUAUUUUUAAAUAAAAUGACAAACCUUAAGAAAAAUAAGAAUGA